ACGAGGACGACCGGACGAUCCGACUUUUUGGCUUGUUUAUUUAUUAUUUUCCCAAGACUCCAAGACAAGUUGAAAUAUGAAGAAAUUUGAUUUAGUUAAUUGUGCAAGCAUGUUUAUAAAAAUCUAAUUAAUCUUCUUUUAAACUUGUGUGGAUAUGUGUCGUAUAACCGCAAACGCAAAGAUGCAUUCAUUGAAAAUAUUAUUGCCCGAUUUUAAUAAAAAUGAAAAAGUUUACUUCUUUGGUCACAUAUUCGAAGAAACAACUGCAAGAUAUGUUGUUUACAUCACUAAGUUCACAAUAAUUGAAUCAGAUUUGAUGCCUUGUCAUAAGAGUAGUAAUAAUGUAAUAUAUGGACACUAUAGUCCAUGUGAUACAGAAGAAAAUUUCACUUCAAAUAACUAUGUAAUCAUAAAUCGAAGCAUGCAAAUUCAGGCUAUUAAACUAAACAAAGUAUUUGUCGCACCGCCAAGCAACUGUGUUAUCAUGAAAUAUGAUUAUGAUAAAUUCAAGAGGUCCAAAAUCCACCUAUCAGUAUCAAAUAUGGAUGACUACUUCUCAAAGUUACAAAAGUUAAUUCAGCAAGAUCACAACUCAAUACUUGGCAACAGAGACUGUGAAGAGACCUUCACAAUAAACAGCUGGAUAGCUUCAUCAAUGUUCAUACAGCACCUGCUGAGCUACAUCCACUUGUUGAAUUGGCUGAGGAGGAGUAUUAGUAGGGAUAAGACUGUACAACUGAAGCAAGCCAACCUAAUAUUAGCCAUUACUGUUGAUUUUUUGCUUGGAUAUGUUGUGCUUACAUUAUUGGUUCAAGAUAAAAAAGAACUCAGUGUAAUUUUGAUGGAUCUUUUAGAGAAACUAGUGAACUCUUUGUAUUCACUCUUGAAAUGGCUGAUGGGUGCUCCGGCCGGACUGAAGCUAAACUAUGCCUUCAACAACAUGCUGGGGAAAUACUUCUCUUACCACAUACAGUUGUGGUGGCUAUUUUUGGAUGUAUCAGGGGAGAAAUUGCACAUAGUUCUGCAGAUCUACCAUUAUGUCGGCUACUUGGGUUUGACAUUCCAGGCAGCGAUGGUGUGUGACAUGAUCUGCAUCGCCACAUUCCAUGCAUACUGCAUUUAUGUGUAUGCUGCUAGGCUAUUCAACAUCCAGAUGUCGGGCCUCAUAGCUCUGUUCCGCCUGUUCGUGGGCCGCAAGCGCAACCCGCUGCGCGCGCGCAUCGACUCGUGCGAGUACUGCAGCGAGCAGCUGUUCGUGGGCACCGUGGCCUUCAGCGCGCUGUUGUUGCUGUUGCCUACUACUACUAUGUAUUAUACUGUGUUCACUAUUUUCCGCGCAAUGUCCUUGGCGGUGCAAUCAGCGCUGGCGAGGUUCAUCCACUUGGUGCAGACCAUGCCGCUGUAUGUGUCGGUCUUAUGGCUGAUUAGGUCUCCUAAAGUCGCUGGUAACAUCUUCGUAGAAAUGGACACCAAGGACGGACCCUCCCCGCUGGUGCUCAAUGUGCGAGUGUUGCCCAAGUCUCUGGGCAGUUUGAUCCACGACUUCAAACCCCCGGCAGUGAGGGCCAAGCCGGCAGAGUGGAACAAUCUAGUCUCUAAUUUACUCACCGGGAAGCAGAUUACGUGAUAAUAAAAAAUAUAGUGUAAAUAAU